UUGAGAUAAAGGUUGUAGCAGCAGCAGCCACGAAAGCCUCUCGCAAUCCAGUCGAAGGGUUUUCCUGACUGAGUGCAGACUACAACCAAACUCUGCCGGCUGUGACAAUUCUGCAUUUUGGUGCAGUGGGUGGAAAGAAGACUCGGUGUGGAGGCUCUACCAACUGGUGCACCUGCUAAAUGAAGAGGAGAACGUAGCUUUGGAUCACCGACUUUGAACUGAACAACUGCAGCAACAUGACGGCUGCCGCAAAACUUUUGGAUGAGAUGUGUCAUCUGACGGCUCAGUCUCUGAACUCAAUGGACACAUCAGAGCACUUCAAGGUCCUGAAGCUGCUGGGUGAAGGCUCAUAUGGAAAGGUUAUGCUGGCUGUACACAGAAAGAGAGUAUCUUUGGAUCUUUCAGGUACUCCGAUGGCUCUGAAGUUCUUCCCUCGUGACUCUACUUCUCUGUUCUCUUUCCUGAGGGAGUAUAACCUCUCCCUGUCAUUCUGUACACACCCAUCCCUGACCAGAGCUCUGGGAAUAGCCUAUUCCACACCAUCACACUACAUCUUUGCUCAGCAAGCCAGCCUCUUCGGUGAUCUGUACGAAGUCAUCAUACCUGAGCUUGGUAUGGAGGAGGACUGCUGUCAGCGGGUGGUGUCUCAACUGUGUGGUGCACUUUCCCACCUGCACUCACUUGGUUUUGUCCACAGAGAUCUCAAACCAGAAAACGUCUUCCUUUGUGACUCUGCCUGCCGCUGGGUCAAACUGGGAGACUUUGGCAUGGUAAAGUCCAGGGGAACCAGGAUCCCAGAAGUCUGGUACAGUUCUCCUUACUGCACCCCCGAGGCUGAGGUUGCUCGAGGAAACAAUGACAGCAGCAAUAUAACUGAUGGAAAUGAUGGCAUCAAGGAUGGUGAAGAGAAGAAGAAAAAGAGAGUUUGGGUUUCCGUGGAGCCAAGUACAGACAGCUGGGCACUGGGCAUCCUGACAUACGCCAUGCUUACCGGCAGCCACCCCUGGGCUGAAACAGCCAGCGACUGCCACUCAUACCUGAAAUAUCAAGAGUGGUUUGAAAGAAGUAAAAGCCCCAACGAUGAACUGGACGUGUGGGCUGAGCCACAAACAGAGAGCCCGCAGGAUCUGGAUGAGGCUGGACUGGAAAAGAAGAAGCACAUUCCCAAAGCUCCCCAGUUUGCAUGUUUCACCCAUUUGGCCUGUUCCUUUUUCCAGUCACUCCUCAACCCACGGCCACAGCUUCGUAGGCAACCUGAUGAGGCUUUGAGUUACCUGGGAGGAGACUGGAUGAUGGAGAAAGAGAGGGUGAGGCUGGAGAAGGCGCGUAAGAAGAGUAGAGGGAAAGGAGGGAUCAGAAACAUGAAAGAGAUGGAGGGGAGAGGAGAGCGUUAAGUUAACAAAGUCUACCAAAACUAAGCUGAAAGAGACAAAUGUCUUUCUAUGCUCUUUUCUGUCUAAGAUAAUUUUGUAACUUUACAUCACUGCUUUUUAAAUUCUUUCUGUUUUUCUGUUGCAUAGAUUAACACAAAAAAAAUACUACACUAUGACCAAUGCUGAGGUAAGCUUCUAUUACAUUUAACUGUGAGCCAUCAGGUUGUGUAAGGGAAAGGAAGCAGGUGGUCGAUGUGUUAGAAGAAGAAAAAAAAUCACCUCCCACAUGUUUAACCUCUAAACAUUAAGAAAACAACUUUGGAAAAAUUCCCCUUGUUAAAACAAAACUGGUUUAUGGGGAAUUUGCUUUCUGGGAAACUGUCGGUUAGUGAGGAAGUCUAACAGCUGCUUGAUUCACAUCAAAUAAAUGAAAAAUAUUUACUUUAACCAACAUUUUAAAUGACCAGUGUAGAAACAGCUGUAGGCAUCAAGAUUAUUUGCAUUAACUGGUGUGUAACUAGUCUGUUUAGUGUGUAAUGAUCACAUAACUUCUGCAAAGCACUGCAUCUAUAUUUGACUCUAGAUUUCAGAGAGUAUAAUACAUCAUAGCAGGCUAUGAACUGUAAAUAGACCGCAGCAGAGCCAAGUCAUAAACACCUCUGAGGUCCACUUUAGACCACGGAGGGGGUUUUGACUGUUUGGCUUUUGGCUUUAAAAAACAGUUUUCUGAGAGUAAUAAUAUAUGUUAACACUUUAAUAGCACUUUUAUACCCUAAAAUGCUUACAAAGUUUAGCUAAUGUAACUCAUUAUUAUUGUUAUUAUCUAUCACUAAGCUCUUGGCAGCUCAUGUGUAGCAUUUUAUGCGCCACCAAAAGACUAAUUUUGUUUUAUUUUGUAUUGUAAAACAUUAUAAAAUAUAAAAAUUAUUAUACAUAAUAAUGAUAACAGUGCAAUAUCUUACUGAGACUGUGUAAAUACUUCUGUAGCUGUAUAAUGAUAUAUUGUUUAUAAAGUAUACUUUUAAUGUAAUAAAAUUAUUUUUAUA